AACGCCACCCUACGAAUUAUGAAUGCUUUAGUGGUGAAAGGAAUCGGGAACGAAAGAUCGACUGUGUUAAGUUAAAUCAGUGUCCUCGAUGCGAUUAUAUAAAUUUAUAUUUACUAUACUAUAACUCUACUGAUAACAUUUUAUGUCGGCAGAGUCCCACAUUUUGCCAAUUAUUAAUUUUAUUUGGUCGUACACGUCCUCCUAAAAUUUUAUAAGACCUUUAACAUGGAUCACAGCCAGCAUGAGCACCACCACUCGGGUCAUGAGCACAUGGAACACCAUGACAUUAAUCAAGCAGAUUAUAAAAUUAUGAAUGAAGGUAUAAAUUCAACCUUAAGAGAAGGGACGGGUCAUCAAACGCACGAUCAUGCUUCCCAUGGUUCAAUGAUGGCUAUGACUUUCCAUGGCGGAUAUGUGGAGACAAUCCUGUUCUCCUGGUGGGACGUAAAAGAGGUCGGACCAUUCAUUGGCUCAUUCAUAGCAAUCUUUAUCAUGGCUUUGCUAUACGAAGGGCUUAAAUAUUACAGAAAGCAUCUGCUGUGGAAAUCGUAUGCGGGUCUCCAAUACUGCGCGGUGUCGCCACCUGACAAGGGGGUCCAAAAUAUAUGCAGCCCUGACGAGCCUCAAGUUAUACAGCCGGUGCCGCAUGCUCUGGAAAGGAAUGUACCGACGAUGCUAAGCGGCGCGCACGCCUACCAAACCGUGCUCCACGGUCUCCAGGUGUUCAUCAGCUACAUGCUCAUGCUCGUGUUCAUGACGUACAACACGUGGCUCUGCGUGGCCGUCGUGCUGGGCUCGGCCACGGGGUACUUCCUCUUCGGCUGGCGCGAGUCCGUCGUCGUUGACUUCACCGAACACUGUCACUGACACAAACUCAAAUGACGAAGUCGGGUGACGCAAAAAACGUUAUACUGAAUGAGAUCCGGAUUGGCUAUGGACGAACAAUAUAAAGCAUUGUGUUUAUUUUUAAGCAUAAACAUCCGCUGUUUUUAGAUUAUACAUACCUACUGUACCUAAAGUGUAUUUUUAAAGUUAAAAUUUAAAGUGUUUUUGUAAGGCGAGUUCAAAAAUUGAGCUUGACCUAAAAUAUGAAGCAUUGUUAAUGUCCUUUUUAUUACAGAAUAGAUACGGCUAAGCUAUUCUGUAAAAUUAUUCCAUGAAUUACAUUCCCCAUAUUGUCAAAAUAAAUACCUUAGCUAAGUGAAAAUAACUAGUAAAAUACAAGGUAUUUAUUUUGGUGGUGGUGUGGUAUUUUAUAUGCACAAGAACACUUAGAGCAGAGAUACAUAAAAAUGAUGCAUUUGCUAGUUACUGGGGAAAAUACAUUUUCUUGUUUUGCGAGUACUUGGUAUUUACACUAUGAAUGAAGGUAUUUAUUUUGGCAGUAAGAAAACUGUAUUUAUGCGAUACAAUGUUACAAAUCAUUAUAUUUAUACCAAAUAAAACACCAAGUGUAAAAACCAAACAUUUGCUACAAUUCAUUUUUGCAUCUCGUACUCAAUGACGUGCCACAAAAUUCCUUGCAAAGAAAUACUUUGAAAGUAUGUUUCGACGCCCGGGAUAACGCACUAUAUUGUUUGUCAUUAGCUGAAUUGGAGAUGAUCAUUUUGCAUACGCUUUUUGUGUCAACCUGUGUAAUGACACAGGAGUACAGAAACUGAACAGAGAUAUUUUCCGUACUGUGAAAUACAUUGCUACAAACGCGCGACUUACGCUUCUCAGGCUGCGCGUGCGUCAGUAGUGCACACAGCAUGGUUGUACGACACUGUUACUUUACUCCUGUGGUUAUGGUGCUUUAGCACCGGCAAGGAGAUCCGAGGCAUAGCGUUAAAUUCCAUGCUAAUGUAAUUUGUUUAUUGGGAAUUUGGCGCUGCGCCUAGUCUCGUUCACCGGCGGUAUAGCACCCCGAGGUACCUACAGCACAUCAUACCUGUGACUACUACAAUACAAACUAGUAUUAAAAUAUGUUAAAUAAUAUCCUCGCUUUUUUGUUGCGUAGUUCAAAUGAAUAUAUAAAUAUCGUGUGUAAUAAUUCACGUUUUAAGAGGACACAUGUUGUUUAAGUACUUUUUGGGCGACGAUUUUGAUUUUUAUUUUAGUACCAGUUAUACCUUUAUAGAAUAUUGUAUAUUUAGAAUAAUGAUAUGAAUAUAAACGCUUUGAUCUGUAAAA